CUUAAAUCUUAAACCUAACAUCCUCUAAAUUAUCUUUCCCAAUUCAUCGCAGCGCCUUGUGGCUGUCGUCAAAAAGCCCCAGACUAGAAAAAGGACAAGAAAUUGACCAGAAAAAGGCACAAAUUAGGGGCCGGGUAAUCUAUUUAGCCUAAAUUACAGCUGCAACAAAAAUUGAUUGUGUUGCAUUCAUAAUCAAGUUUCAUUUUUUUUUUUUCCCAUCAGUUUAACAAUGGCGUCCGCAGCGGCGGCUAAAGCGAACCCAUAUUCCAUUGCAAACACUAAUCUGCAAAAAAUAGGAUUUUCCCACAAAUCCCCCAUAAAAGUCCCUUUUUGUUCAGACUCGCCUAGCCCAAGACUCGUCGCGGCUCAUUCCAACAACCCGAAUCUGGAUUCCGCCAAAAUGGGUAAAAGUGUUUCUGGGUUUGGAUCGGCGCCCGGAAGCCCGGAAAGUUUGCAUGCGUCUCCAUCUCCUUCUGCCGCCAUUGAUUUUCUCACAUUGUGUCAUCGUCUGAAGUCUACAAAACGGAAAGGAUGGCUGAAUCAUGGCAUAAAGGGUCCUGAAUCAAUAGCUGAUCACAUGUAUCGUAUGUCAUUGAUGGCUUUGAUUGCUGAUGAUGCUCCUGGCGUUAACAGGGAAAGGUGUAUCAAGAUAGCAAUUGUUCAUGACAUCGCAGAAGCCAUUGUUGGAGAUAUAACCCCAUCUGAUGGUGUGCCAAAGCAUGAAAAGAGUAGAAUGGAGCAAGAGGCGUUAGAUGAAAUGUGCAAAGUUCUUGGUGGUGGGAUGAGAGCUGAUGAAAUACAAGAACUAUGGCAAGAGUAUGAAACCAACUCAUCUUUAGAGGCCAACCUUGUGAAAGAUUUUGACAAAGUUGAAAUGAUUCUACAAGCGUUAGAGUACGAAACAGAGCAUGGGAAGAUCUUGGAUGAAUUCUUUCUGUCAACUGCCGGAAAAUUUCAAACUGAAAUCGGGAAAAGAUGGGCAGCCGAAAUCAUUUCCAGAAGAAAUUCAAGAUGAGCAAUAGGUCUAACUAGUCCCUUGAUUCAUCCCCUGGACUAAAUUUAAUCGUCUCUGGUCAUUUUGUCACGGCAGUUCUCGACUAGAAGCAAUGCUCGGGAAGACGAAGCAGAAAUCAGAUUUUAACAUAGCAGACAUCCUUUUUCAUUCAGGAGUUUGUGAGUUCCUUCUUUCCUUGAGGGACCUUGUUUUAGCAGUGUUACUACUCUUGUAGGUUACUUUAAGAUUAAUACUCUUUUUGUGUUAAUCAUCAUCAAUAAGUCGAAUGCUCGUUUUUUCAUGAACGUGAUUUCUGAUGCAUUGCUUCAGUUUGACUGAGAUUUAAUUAAACCCAAUUUGAAUUAAUAAAAACAAAGAAGAUUUUGGAUA